AUGUUAUUCUUGAUCUACCAAGCUUUGUUGCUCGCUGGACUCUUUGGGUCGUAUUCAGCUGGUGUGGUUCUUACUAUCACAAGGCCGAAGCAUCCCCCAGCGCCAACUGCAACUUUUCCUCCUUUGUCAGCCCAAUUUCGAAGACUACCAGUGAGAAACCAGGCUUGUUGGAAGUCCCACUACGACUAUUCUUUCACGAGCCACUGGCUGAUGAAGGAAUUCGCAAAAAGCUCGACAAGAAUAGCCACGACCUUUUCCCCACCCCGAUCUGGAACGAGCUACUACACGUACGACCAUACUACCAACUGUGAAACGACACUCUUUGGUACCAGUACCUUGUGCGAUAAAAUUCCAAGGGCCUCCGGUCGUUCUGUCAGUUGUGAGACUGUACCUACGGUUGGCUCGUAUGAAUACUACGAAUACAUGAGCGAGAUCGCCGUUAUCACACCAACCUGGACAAGCGAUUACGAAAAGCCAAAGCCAACAUGCCAAGUAGCUCCCGAUUUGAGUCCUUUAUGUGCCGCAUUCUUCGAGGCCUGGGAGUACCGGAAAGAGAGAUGGCAGAAGGAGAACAGCAACUUCACCGAGAGAGAUCAGAGGACCUACUGGGCAAUCCCUCCAUGCAUUCCACUUACCGAAAUCCCUCCUCCAAAUGCCAGCCCAAGAUGUAAAAUAUCAGCUGAAACCUACUCAGCUUACCAUUGGGCAGAUCGAGCUGCCAGUGGAUCUGAAUUCUGUAACCAAAAUCGGUCCGCAGCCACAGUAACGCCAACGAUACCGGGAAAACCUAACACUGUCGUAGUAUCAGGCUACACUCUUACCAGCCCCAGCGUCUAUCACUUCCUGAGAAAGGUGCAGGUGCAAACAUACAUUGGGCUUGCUGAACAGCCAGGAGGCUUUGGACCCCAGGCCUACGAUGUCUGGACUAUUUCAACCGCACUUCCUGGUUCUAGACCUCUCACUGUUGCGCAGUUGGAACCGGAAAUUCUUACCGCUUCUAAGAAAUGCAUAGGUAUCGAAGGCGACAUAUGUACCAUGAACUUCGAUACCGACUUUCUUGUUGAUGAUGUUUCCAAAGUUCGUAAGGAAAAGUACGACCGCUUCUGUGAUAGUGAGUGUCUGAAGUCAGACAACGGAUAUAUUCUGCAGAAUUCAUAUCGCCCAACAAUUGCCAUCCCAAUUAGCGAGAUAAUUGGGCAGAACGGUGGACUCUUUAGUGAUUGUGGGUGGACUUUGCGUGAAAGCAAUUACGAACAUGGGUGGAGGAGCUACACAGAAAGCAGCAUUCCGGCUCUUCUUGUGAAGGAUGUUGCCUCGACGGCCUUUGUACCUUUAACGGCCAGCACCUCUCCGACUCCCUCCGUGAAACUUGUGUUGGCCCCUGGUUCCAAGACACAGCCUUUUGUACGGCCAACAUCCUAA